GCCAACACCGCGGCAGGCAGAUCUCCCCCACGACUCACCAGGAGUCGCGAGUCGGAGGCAUACAUUCGCAGCUGCCAUCACCACCGAUUCGAAAGUCGAUCCCUUGAAAGGUUCAGCGAGCUCGAGACGCCCGGCAAAGAUCGCCGUUGGCUGCUUGCCCACUCUCUGCAUCAUGUCGUCCUUUCAGAUCCUCCCAAACGGAGGGGGCCACGUCUCGACGGCUACGACGCCGCUUCGUCAGCUGCGAGCUCUUCUGCCCAGCACAAUUCAAAAUGGGACGCUGUGGGCGCUCAUAGAUGCUCUGCAAUCCACAGACUUGCUGAGCAAAUGCUUCCAGCACGAAGCUGCCAAGUGUGAUCCCAACUCUGCCCCGACUCCUGCCUCUGCUUCGAGCUCAAUCUCCUUGGACUCGGUCCUGAACAGACUGGCAACUAUCACCUCUUCUGCUCUCAAUACUCCUGCUCACGCAUCGUACGGUGCCAGACUUGCAAUCCUGCAACUGUCUUGCGAUCCGAACUCCCGAGCAUCGGAGUGGGGUACGAGCACCCUGAAUGCGCUCUUGUCCUACGGCGAAGCAGCGUCGAAGGAGGAAGUUCGUCCGGGCCGGGGUAGUGAGAAUGCCAAGCUGGCCAGUCUGUCCGAUGAUGGUGUUGGCGAGCUGCUGCAGGCGGCAUGGGUCAUCUUUGGCGAGCCUGCGAAAGCGGAGAGCAGACCCGAGUACAGAAGAACAGUUGUCAGUCCUAAUCUUAGCCGUUUGGCAACGGCACUCACUCUGCUCAUCGAGGCCGCAGCCAAGGGUCAUUCGUUCGCCCUGUCCGCAUUACCCCACGUCGUUUUGAACAUCAGGCUGCAUCCAUCCAUCUAUCGACCUUUCAGUCCUCGGCUGCACGCCGCGCUCACCAAGCUAGUCUACGAGAUAGCCCCAAGCGCAUCCUCGAAUGGUCAUCCGCAAGCCGUGCAGGCUCUCAUUUCUCUGCAUUGGACCGGACAUACGACGGGGGGCACAAGCCAGGCUGAAAAGGCAGGCAGCUCGGCUGCAGAUUUGUGGAGCGCCACCAUUCAUCCCGCCAUCUCAGCUGCUCGAUUCUCGUGGCAAGCCAUCUCCAGCACCUUUGCGCCUUCUGCGGCAGAUGUAAAAGGGCGGAAAGGUAGCGCUCCCAGCUCAGAAAGUAACAUUCUUUCAAUCUUGCCAAAGGAUCCACACGAGGCUUUGCCAAUCGCACUAGAGAGAUUGGAGUCGAUGCUUGGCUCUGCCGAUCGCAGCGGAAUCCUAAGCCUCAUGCUCUGCGCUUCGACAGCUACUGUGGUGCCUCUUCCGCUCCACGAGCUUCUCGAUACGAUCAUCAUCCCGAUCCUUUCGCUGCCCCCUGCGCCCGAGGCAGCGCCGUCAACCGACGCUUCGUUGCAGGCUCUCCAGACAGCAGCGCUUCCAAGAGCUCAGCGAAGCGCCUUGCAGUGUCUAGCAGUCUUAGCUCUUACCGUGCCUCGAGCCGGUCUGGCAUCUGCCAAGAACCUCUGGAGGCUGGUCGAUGCUCUGUCCGACUUGGUAAGCAACAAAGACACGCCUUCGACUUCGCGAUGCUCGGCAAGCAGAGCGCUCGCUCUACUGCUCUGCUCCAAAGUCAGCUCCGACGAGGGUUCCAUACCGGGCGCAGAUUUGGCUCGAAUGAUAGACCCUGCCGAUCCUUUGCUUCUGCGUGUUACUACUGCUGCGCUGAGCAGAGUCAGCCAGUGGCUGUCUUAUCCGCACGCGGGCUCUUCUCCAGCGUCCACUCUCCACGGCUCUGGCUCCAACUCGAAGUCGGCCAGGAAGAGGCGCAAAUACGAAUCGGACGAUGCGACUGGAAGUGUACUGGUCGGAACAGCUGCGCAAGAUGGACCUAGAAGUGGCAAAUUGAGAUUGUUGAGGGAGGAUGAACAGGCGACGUCGGUGGCGUGCGUGGAUAUUCUUUGCGCGCUUUCAUCUCCACUCGACACGGAUCUGACACCCGAGCAUCGCAAGCUCUCACACGCCGCAGCGCAGGUUAACAUCGCCCUUGGACUCCUUUCCCUCUCGACAGGCCACACAUCCACCACAACUUCCACAGCGAGCAACGCAAAUGCUCAGAUUGCCAAAGGAGCUCUGCGAUACUUGCAGCACGUACUGAGCGACGCCUCAUCGGCUUUAUUGUCCUUGGCUCUGGCUCACGUGCCCAGCCUUGCUACCAGAGCGUUGCAGUACCCGCACGCAGAGGUCAGACUAGCAGCGACGGAGCUCUCCAAGGUAUUGGAAACGGUCAUCAAUCCUAGACUGCCCCCAAGGCUCGCAAGAGCAGCGGACGAGAGACCAACGGAAUGGGAUGCGGAUGCGGAGAUGGAGGACUUACGCAUGGUGGAUGCCGACGAGGCCGCUCAGCAUAGGAUCGCUCUCGAUGCGGUUCGAAGCGUGGGAUUGACCGACGAUCGGACUCGAAGCUCCAGCUGGACUCCUCGCGCUGUUAAGAUCGAAGAUGCGUCCCAACUUCCUGAGCCUGCGGCGCAUACACAAGGUGAAGACUUGGUGGAUGCACAUUUCCCGCAGCAAAUACCGUCUUCGUCGGCGAUCUCGAGGACACUCUCGCAAGGUGCUCCGCACAGCAGCCCUCCGUUGUCCAAAGCGAAGGAGGAUAAUUUGGAGCCUGUCAAACCGCACACGCGAGCCCCUACGCCCACCAUGGGGUCUCCCUCGCUAGCCAGCAAUAGGCGCAUCUCCAUCUCUCCGGAAAGAGUGGCGAGCGCUUUGGGCAGUAGCAAUGUCAGUGCGAGUGCGCAGAUCUUUGCUACGAGCAGGAGUGCUGCUGCUGCUGCUGCUGCUGCCAGCAGGGAGAGAGAUGCCUCGCCAGCGUCCCCCUUGGCCAAGAGUCGGAAGGAUGUGCAGCUCGCAUCAUCGCAGACGGACGCGGACAUGCUCACUGCCGAGAUGUCUCGCACCACUAGCAGUCAUUCUCAGCGCUCUCCGCAGCUUCUGCACCGCUCUGAACAGACGCGUUCACAGCAAGUGCUGCAAGGGGCGAGGGACAGCGAUGAAGAUGAUGACGAUGAUGAGGCUAUGCCCACUUUGGACCUCAGAUCUUCCGAUGAGGAGAGCGAAGAAGAAUGAAGCGAGCUGCACCGUGGCGUGCCGUGUCGCGCAGCGCCAUAAUUGAGACAUCUCUAGGCGUAUGUACAAGCACACAUGGUCUAGCUCUGCCUUUUGAAGAGUUGGAUCGCUGCGCACCUCUUGCGUGUAUCUGUUUCCAUCGCAUCAUCAGCUCGUCGGAGCUUUCGUUUCGCAAUCACAGUGCGAUAAAAUGCAGACUGACGCAUCGCCUUAUGGAUACAUUUGUGCUGUGCCCUUUUUCUUCUCCAAGAUGGCUGAUUGGUUGCCCGAGCUUUGAGAUUUGGCCUACAAGAUGAAGGAGUAGAGAGUGGUUUACAGCGAGCAGUCAUCGGUACUGCAGAGCACGACGGCAUUCGUCGCUGAUGGUCAGCGAAGCGCCGUGU